AUGUCCGGGACGGGAACACGGCACGUUGUCGCGCGAGUGGUGGGUGGCCUCGGUGGGCUCGACUGGUGUGCGGGCCCUGGCCGUGCCCUGAGACCCCUCAAUCCAUUCCAGCACUGUGUAUUGACCCGUCUCCAGCGGGAUCUGGAGACGGGAGCACCACCAGAGCGGCCGAACGCACCGCUCUGGGGACACUCCCGUUGCGGUUCACAGCGGUUCACAGCGGCUCAUGGGUAUGGUCUCAAGUGGGCUGGUCCCUUGAGCUCGUUGGAGCGCCAAAGGUGCUCUGAGGGCGGUUGA